AUGGCAUCAGAUGUUUGCCCGACUCGUCCUGAGCCUACCUUUUCGUUCACACAGGGCUUCAUCCUGGGCCAGAUCUCAGUCGUCCUCCUGAUCGCAGCCUUCAUAAAAUUCUUCAUAUUCGGUGACCCUCCUUCAGCCGAAGUGACCGCCUCCAUACGAGCCACCGAGAGACGAUCGAGGACCCUGGCACACAAGAAGUCUCUCCUCAGCCUCAGGACCGCCGGUCGACCGAGUAGCAGACAGCGCGAGCAGCAGCCCACUCUCAACAAGAAAAAGUCCAGCAUACUACGUUCCGGCCCUCCGACGCUGACCAUCGGGUCCAUCCUCAGCAAAACAUACUACAAGGUCGACAGCCACCAGCCCGAGUCCCUCGACUGGUUCAACGUGCUCGUGGCCCAGACCAUCGCCCAGUUCCGCAGCGAUGCCCAGCACGACGAUGCCAUCCUCGGCUCCCUGACCAAGGCCCUCAACAGCCCCUCGCGGCCCGACUUCCUCGAUGAGAUCCGCGUGACAGAGCUGAACCUGGGCGAGGAGUUCCCCAUAUUCAGCAACUGCCGCAUUAUACCCGUAGAUGAAGAUGGGCUUGCCUUUCCGCCGGGGAGACCCUUCGAUGCUAACAUGGCCACGCGCGAGGGCUGUCGGCUGCAGGCGCGCAUGGACGUCGACCUGAGCGACGCGAUCACGCUUGCCCUGGAGACCAAGAUGCUCCUCAACUACCCCAAGAAGCUCUCCGCCGUGCUCCGUCGCCCUUCGACCCCCACCAUGAUGACCUUCAGCUUUCUGGACGACUACCGCCUCGACUUCUCCAUCCGCAGCCUGCUCGGCAGCCGAUCGCGCUUGCAGGACGUCCCCAAGAUCGCCCAGCUGGUCGAGUCGCGCCUGCACAAGUGGUUCGACGAGAGGGCGGUCGAGCCGCGCUUCCAGGAGAUCGCCCUGCCGAGCAUGUGGCCGCGCAAGAGGAACACGCGCGGCGGCGACGAGGUCAUCGCCGAGGCGGAGAGGUCCCUCGGCAAGGCGAAGGGCGCCGAGAUCAGCCGCGAGAUGAGGAACCAGGCGAGAAGUCAGGUCGAGGCCGAGGAGGAUGCGAGGGCCGAGUGGGGCUCCGAAUCCUCGCGGCGAGACUCUUUGCGGUAUCGCAGGCGGCCUAGGGCGGAGGAUGUGUUCGCCGGGUCGGGCGGCAUGCCUGGGUCGAUGCCGGGGGUCAGUGUUGAUAUGACUUGA